GGAGUUGAGCAUCGGUGGCUUUGGGAGGAGAACGGCGUAUCAAACUAGUGACCUGGUGGUGUGCGCUUCUGGGCAUGCACUCUGGAAAGUGAUAUCUCGCACCUGUUUUUCACCAUUUCACCAUGACUGGUUUAGUGCUUCCACGCGGUUUAUUCACCCUGCUGCUUGGACUCUGUCUGCGAGGCCCCUCACAAUCUUUGGGAUACAAUAUCGAUCCUUCUCCAGCCAUUCUCUUCUCAUCGAACCACAGCAAGCACUUUGGCUAUCAGGUUCUCCAAUUUGGAAAAGGCUCUGAAGCAAGGGUCAUUGUGGGAGCCCCCGGAGAGCAGAACUCUACAGGCAAAGUAUACCAGUGUAAUUUGAAGAGCCAAGACUGUGAGGACAUUCCACUUGAGGAGAACUCUCCAGUACCCCAUCUUGGCAUGACCCUGGCAAGCAAUAUGCAGGGAAACAAAAUGAUUACAUGUGGGCCAGGCAUUGAACAACACUGUGACAAAAAUCUUUAUGUAAGUGGAAUCUGCUACCUGUUUGCUACCAAACUGCACAACCCCAAGAACAUAACAACUGGAUAUCAAAAGUGCCUGAAAGGAAAAGUGGACCUGGUGUUUCUUUUUGACGGGUCAGCAAGCAUGAAAACAUCUGAAUUCAUGACUAUUAAGGAGUUCAUGAUUGACGUCAUGAAAGAAUUGUGGAAUAGUUCUGUACAUUUUGCUGCUGUGCAGUUUUCAGAAGAUGCCAAACUCGAAUUUGAUUUUAACAACUACACCAGUGACCCAAAUCCUGAAAAGCUCUUGGCCAAUGUAGUUCAUGCUGAGCAAAUAACAAACACCUUCAAAGCUAUCAAAUUUGUGGCAAAUGAAGUCUUCAUUCCCGAACGUGGCACCCGAAAAGAAGCAAACAAAGUGAUUGUCAUUAUCACGGAUGGGGACGCCUCAGACAGGGACAGGGGACAUAUAGAAGCUGUCAAGAAAAAGAACAUUUUGCGCCUAAUCAUUGGGAUUGGUAAUCACCUUAAUGCACCUGAGUCCCAAAAGAAUCUCAAACUGAUUGCCUCAGAACCCAAAAGUCAAUUUUUUAAAAUUCUUGCCAGCUUUGAUCAGCUCAAAGACAGUUUCAAUGAUCUCCAGUCUAAUAUCUUUGCCAUUGAAGGCACCAGUGACAGCAGAUCCUUCCACCUGGAAUUGUCAUCCAGCGGAUUCAGUGCAGAUAUAUCCCAGGGUCGGGUGAUUCUUGGUGCUGUGGGUGCUGACAACUGGGCCGGGGGCAUUCUGGAGCAGCAGAAGGAUUUUGCUGGUGAAAGAUUCAUCACAACUCCCUCAGUCCGGAAAGAGAUGGAAGGGGCCUACUUGGGGUACACACUAAGUUUUCUCCAGCAUCAUCAGAAAGUGUUCUACGCCGUUGGUGCCCCUCGAUACCAACAUAUUGGAAGGGUCCUCAUAUUUGAGGUUGAUGCCAAAACUGAGAACUGGACAUUAAAGCAAGAAAUUAAAGGGCAACAGACUGGCUCCUACUUUGGAGGGGUGCUUUGUGCCGUGGACAUAGAGGGUGACCAGGAAACAGACCUGCUGCUUAUUGGAGCCCAGCAAUAUUUCACUGAAACAAGAGGAGGCCGGGUUUAUGCGUAUGGCUGGAAAGGGGAUAAUCUCAUUCUCCUUGGAGAAUUUAAUGGGGAUUUAGGAUACCCCUUGGGCAGAUUUGGAGCAGCCAUCACAGAUCUGGCAGACGUCAAUGGAGACAGACAGACAGACGUGGCUAUAGGAGCUCCCUUAGAGGAUGAAGAGAGGGGAGCGGUCUACAUCUACAACAGCCACGAGAAGACUCUGCUUAUGGAGUAUAGCCAGAGAAUUACUGGAGCCAGCAUUUCUCCUGGUCUGAGAUAUUUUGGACAGUCCAUCCAUGGAAAGACAGACCUCAGUGGAGAUGGCCUCACCAGCAUAGCAGUAGGAGCCUUGGGAAAGGUGAUGGUGCUCCAAUCUAGACCAAUUGUUAACGUGGCCACACGAGUGACUUUUGAGCCCAAGGAAAUUCCCGUGAAAGAUGUUGAGUGCACCGGGCCCAGCAAACCCUGGCAAAAUAUAAAUUUGAAAUUCAGGAUCUGCUUCGAUAACACCUUUGCCACGGAAAGUUACACAGGACACCUGUCUGUGAAACUCUUGUUCCGCUUGGAGAUUGACCCAGACAGGGUGAAGUACCGAGGAGAAUUUAGGAAUGGCAAGAAUAUUCUAAACGGAGCCAAAGAAAUCUCUCUAAAGCCAGUAUGUGUAUUGGAGGAGAUUAAUAUCACGAACUGCAUUGAGGAUUACUUGUCACCCAUUAAAGUCCUUGUGAAUUUGUCCCUUGAGGAAGACAGUGCGCUAAAGAGUGGACCUCCCAGGCCUUUUCUGAACCCUUUAAGCAAUAGGACAAUGGUGGAGAUUCCUUUUGACAAGAACUGUGGAACAGAUGAAGUGUGUGUAGCUGACCUGAAAAUUACUUUCCAUUCUUCAGGGUCCAAGGAACUGGUUGUAUCUCCUCAACAUCCACUUGAAAUGAAUUUGGAACUGGUAAAUCAGCGGGAAGAUGCCUAUUUUACAAUGCUCUACGUGCCCCUGUUGCCAGGCCUUUCUUUCCGCAAACAUUCAGUGCUGAAAUUCAAUGCUGUGGUCAUCCUGCAAUGUGAUGCAAUGCUUCGUCGUCAGGACUUUCAAGGCCUUGCUUGCAAUGUCAGCCACCCCAUCUACAGGAAUAGCACAAAAGCUUUGAUUCAGCUUCAGUUUGGUGUGCUCAGAAAUGUUGCCUGGAAAGAAACCUUGGAGAUGAUGGCGUAUGUCACCAGUGAGAAUGAGGAGAAUGAAACUCUUCAAAACAACAGAGCUCUUCAUAGCAUCCCUGUGAAGUACCCCAUCAACAUCAUUGUCAAGGGGUUGGGAACGUCUAUCCAAUACGUUGACUUCAGUUCUAAAAUGCAAGAAAACAAGACCGUGACACACUCCUACCAAGUAACUAACUGGGCCUUGGGGCCGUUCCCACCACCGACAAUAUUGGUAUAUGUCAAAGUGCCAAUUAAAGUUCCUGCUGGACUGAUAUGGAAGAUUGAUAAAGUCCUAACUGCGGAUCCUAAUGUGAAUUGCCAGCCUGAUGAUCAUAACAAGACCACAAGGAAUUAUCCCAUGUUAAUUAAGCACUGGGAAGUUGAUGAAUAUCUUAUCUACAAAUGUGAUCUUGGACAGAUAAAUUCCUCUACGAUCAAUGUUACUGGGAUGAUGUCUACACAAAGCAAACCAGAGCACUCUCUUCAGACCCAGCUUCGCACAGCCUUGUGGGUUGAAUUUGAUACCAGAAGAUACAAAAAUAUCUACAGUCAUGAAUUUGCUCAGGUUCAGGUCACAGAAAUAGAGGUGAUAAUUAUGAUGAAUUAUCUCCCAAUUAUAAUAGGCAGCGCCAUUGGAGGCUUGUGCUUGCUUAUUCUCUGCAUUAUAGUACUUUACAAGUGUGGAUUCUUCAAACGGAAUUAUAAACAGAAGAUAGAACUUGAAGAACAUGAGAAUGCUGUACAAGCAGCUGACAAUCUAGAAGAUGGUGCAGAGAAAGAAGGUGCUAAGACCGAGAAAGAGAACCCAAGCAAACUCCUUACAGAACCAUUGAAUUCAGAAAAUGAGACCCAAUGAUCGAAUAAUGUUUCUCUCCAGAGACUAUAGCUAUUUGUUAUUAAAUGUUCAGUGUGUGCGGAGGAGGAGUAUUGGGGGGGGGGGGGCGGGGGGAAGUGGGAGCCAGGUGACUGUGAUGCUGGUAAUGAAGACUUCCUUUUUCCUUUCA